GGUGGAAAAGGGAGAUAAAGUUAAAGGGUGGUGACGACCUUCAAGGGGAUACAGGUGCCGGAGUCGUCGAAGAGGCAACAUCCAGUGGCUCCGGUGGAGGGUCCGGUGGGUCAGGAAGUUCUGGCGGUUGAGAAAGGUGGGGUAGCUCCGGAGAAAACAGAUUUGGAGACUUGAACCAGUAGUAGCAAUAUUACCUGAAACACGUGGGAACAUGAUAAUUAGUUUCACAGCAGACCAACUUAUUGGUAGUGCACACGUCUUUGGUGUUGACCAAUGAUAAAGACAACGACAGACAAGGAUUUUUCAUCAUACAAAUCCUUUCCUUUCCUUGUCUUUUAUUUUUUCUUUUAAUUUAAAUCAUCUAUUUCUUCUUAUAAUUUUCUCUUUUUCCAGAGAUCCAUAAAGAUUCAACUCUUAUUGCUUAAUCCGACAAGAAACCGCAAUAUCAGUUUUCUUAUACAAAUUUUUUGUGUUUCUUUCGUGAUCUCUUUAAUGGUUAAUUGCUUGGAUUCUCCUGCUGCUGCAAGAGUAGAUAACAGAGAAAACAUUUUUGGAGGUACGUCAUCCAAAAUUUCCCCCAAAGUGGGUCAGCCAUCCAAACUCUCAAGCCUAAUAAUACCCUCUCCCAGCGAUAGAAGCUUCACUAGUUCAUGGUCAGUUCAGACACCAAGAAGUGAAGGAGAACUCUUACCUUCUCCAACACUAAAGGCCUUUACCUUCACCGAGCUCAAAACCGCCACUAGUAACUUCAAAGCCAACAAUCUUAUUGGUGAAGGCGGUUUUGGUUAUGUUUAUAAAGGUUGGAUUGGUGAACAGUCCUUGUCACCUUCGAAACCAGGGUCUGGUAUGGUUGUUGCAGUCAAGAAACUAAAAUCAGAAGGAUUUCAAGGCCACAAAGAAUGGUUGACUGAGGUUCAUUAUCUUGGGAGGCUUCAUCAUAUGAAUCUUGUGAAGCUAAUUGGAUAUUGUACCGAGGGAGAAAAGCGACUUUUGGUUUAAGAAUACAUGCCUAAAGGAAGCCUCGAGAAUCAUCUGUUUAGAAGAGGCGCAGAUCCAAUUCCGUGGAAGACAAGGUUGAAAGUUGCCAUUAGUGCAGCGAGAGGGCUUGCUUUCCUCCAUGAAGCUAAAGUCAUAUACCGAGACUUCAAGGCCUCUAAUAUUCUUCUUGAUGCGGAGUUCAAUGCAAAGCUAUCUGAUUUUGGAUUGGCAAAGGCAGGACCAACAGGAGAUAGAACACAUGUGACAACUCAAGUGAUGGGAACUCAUGGCUACGCAGUUCCUGAAUACGUAGCAACCGGCCGAUUAACAGCCAAGAGUGAUGUUUAUAGCUUUGGAGUGGUGUUGCUCGAACUACUCUCGGGACGUCCAACGGUUGAUAAAUCGAAAGUAGGUGUAGAGCAGAAUCUAGUAGAAUGGGCAAUACCUUAUUUGGUAGACAGAAGAAAAGUGUUUAGAAUAAUGGACACGAAGCUUGGAGGACAGUACCGUCACAAAGGGGCUUGCGCAGCAGCCAACAUUCGGUGCCUUAACACAGAAGCUAAGCUGAGACCGGAGAUGUCUGAUGUCUUGUCUACUUUACAGCAUCUUGAGACUUCUACUACGAAGAUAUCUACUCCAAACGCAGUUAUGUCUCCUUCUCCUAUGUCAUAUUAAGAUAAUCGAGAUAUCUGUGUUUUUUUCUUUUUUGACUAAAAGAUACCUCUGUGUUUAAGGUGAGAAAGUAGGAGUAUAUACUAUUUCAAAGUGUGUUACUGUGUUCAAUAGUUUUGUACUUUCUUUCAAGUUCGUAAGUUUCUGGUUGGAAAUGUAGACAGUGGACGUGUAUAUAUUGGAAAAUUGAUAAUAGUAUUAUAUAUAUGAUCAUCAA